AGCCUGAAAGCGGAAGUUACGCUAGGGACUCGCGAGCGCAGCGAUGGACCUGUAAGGAUAUAGGCCAUUUGGGGCAGGGGGCGGGCAGACCUCCUUGGACGGCGCCGGAAGUGGUCGUGCCGAGAAGAGCUAGGGAAGAAGCUGGCGAGCCAGCUCAUUUGGCUGCCGCUGGCCGCCGGGGUAAGACGCCUUCUCCCUGCUCUCCGAGAGCCUGGCCCAUUCUAUCCGAUUCGGUCAACAUGGAUUUCAGGGAAAUUCUCAUGAUAGCUUCUAAAGGACAAGGAACCAACAGCGUACCGGAUCUCAUUAUGACUCAGCCAAGGGGACUGGGAAAGAACUCUGGAUGCUCUUGGGAUUUCUCUGUCAGGGAUGUGUCAGUUCUCAGCAUUGUUAUUAUGCAGGAUUUUCAGGUUGGUCAGGGCCUGCUUCCUUGGCCAGUUGCUUCUAGACUGACUUAGCUGGAACUUAAGCCUGUUUCAAGAUGCCUUGUAUUGGACAGCCAUAUGAAAAGGUAUAGUUUGGCAGUGGGUCCUGCCAAAAAAGACCCAAAAGUUAAGGGUGUCCAGUCAGCAGCUGUACAAGCUUUUCUCAGAAGAAAAGAGGAGGAGCUCAGACGAAAAGCCUUAGAGGAAAAAAGGAGAAAAGAAGAACUAGUGAAAAAGCGAAUUGAGUUAAAACAUGACAAGAAAGCAAGAGCUAUGGCCAAGAGGACAAAGGACAAUUUUUAUGGUUACAAUGGGGUUCCUGUUGAGGAAAAGUCAAAGAAAAGACAGGCAAUGGAAAGCCAUGGUCAGGGAACAGACCAAGAGUAUGAGAUGGAAGAAGAGGAAGAAUUCUUAGAAUACAAUCAAGCAGCAUCAGAACAGGAGUAUGAAGAAGAGCAAGAACCUCCUCCCAAAGUUGAAAGUAAACCAAAGGUCCCCCUUAAAAGUGCCCCACCACUCAUGAACUUCACUGACUUACUCAGGCUGGCUGAGAAAAAGCAGCACGAACCAGUGGAAAUCAAGGUGGUGAAGAAAACAGAAGAGCGGCCGAUGACUGCACAAGAACUUAGGGAGCGAGAAUUUCUUGAACGAAGGCAUAGGAAAAAGAAACCUGAGGCAGAUGCAAGACUACCUCCAACCAAAAAGGCACCCUCUCAGACAGAAAGUAUGGGCACAAAACCUAGCAGAGUUUCUGGGAACAAGCAUCCUUCUUCCAAGGGUACUCCCCUUCCUCGUGAUGAGAAGAAAUCCAGACCCAGCGCAGCUAAUGAGAAACAUUUAGGUUUGUUUUCAUCCAAAUCCAUGCCAGGAGAGAGGACCAAAGCAGGCUCUAGCAACUGCUCCCAACCCUCGCUUCGGAAGGACCAUGACAGGCCUGUUUUCAAUGGGGCUGGAAAGACCCACUCGAGCACCUAUUCACCAAGUGUUCCAAAGACUUCUGCUAAAGGGAUGCAGAAAUCUGUUACUGAGCACAAAGCCAAAAAAUCUCCUCCCCAUCCUACCCAUUCCAGACCUGGACCCGUGGUCACCCCACAUAAGGCUAAGAGUCCAGGUGUCAAGCAGCCAGGCAGCAGUUCCAGCCCAGCUCCUGGGCGGCCCAGCACAGUGAGUGUUCGGCCUACAGUUAGUUCUGGCUCCGUGCCCAAGCGCCAGGAUGGCAGCUCCAGCUCAGGACCUGAGCGAUCAGUCAGUGGGACCAAGAGGCCAGCCAGUGACUCAAAUCCUCCUGGAAGGACAGGUGGCUCUGGACGACCCAUCAGUGGCUCAGGUGGUUCUGGGAAGUCAGUGGUCAGCUCUGGUGGCCCUGGGCGGCCUGUGCACAGUCCACAUGACCGACGACCAAUGAGUGGCUCAGUGCCCCCCAGGCGGUCAGUCAGUGGCCCGGGGCGAUCAGUAAGUGGCUCAGUUCCAGCUGGACGGACUGUCAGUAGUUCAGGCCCUGGAAGACCAGUGAGCAGCUUGGGACCUGGGCGAAUAGUUAGUAGCUCAGGUCCCCCCCAUAAGCCCAAAUGCACUGUUGUCUCAGAAACAAUAUCUUCUAAGAAUAUCAUUACCCGGCCCAGCAAUGGACAGAUGAAUGGAAUGAAGCCUGCCUUGGCUGGCUACAGAUCUGCCCAAGGUCCUCAAAGGCUUCCCUUCCCUAGUGGUUACAAAAGACAGCGAGACUAUGAAGAGGAGGAAGAUGAGGACUAUGACUCUGAAAUGGAAGAUUUUAUCGAAGAUGAAGGAGAAUCUCAGGAAGAAAUAUCCAAGCACAUUCGCGAAAUCUUUGGCUAUGACCGAAAAAAAUACAAAGAUGAAAGUGAUUAUGCCUUACGUUACAUGGAGAGUAGUUGGAAAGAACAGCAGAAGGAAGAAGCAAAGAGUUUAAGACUAGGUAUGCAAGAGGACUUAGAGGAAAUGAGACGGGAGGAAGAAGCAAUGAAAUGCCGAAAGGUCAAGAAGCUGAAAAGACAUUAGCUGCUGCUUUUAUUUAUUUUUGUGAAACUCUGGAGACACUCUACUGCAAAGAAGUCCUGCCUUUGGACUGAAGAAGCCCAUUCUCAUUUUAGAUUUAUACUUGGGUCCUCAAGGACAAAGAAUGGAUAUUGUUUAUUUUGAGCAUAAAGUAUUUUCAAAUACUUUCUGGGGUGAAAUCUGUAGUGCAGAUGACAUAAUGCCCAGUGAGUGCUCUUAGGAAGUUAACUGCUCACAGGUUCCGGCCUUGAUCCUGAUGAGCUAUGCACUCUAAUGUGGGCCCACUCAACAGUCAGCCAAUCUUCUUUUGUUCCUUUGCUAUUUUAAAAAGGAAAAAAAGAUUGCUUCUUGACUUCCAUAAUUCUGUUGAUGGGUGAGUAGGGCAAUGGCUGGCUCCCAAUCAAACUUAUUUUGUCUUUUUAUGAGAAAUCUGGCCCUUCCAUGAAUGUUGCCAGGAAUAAAGUGACCUGUUCUAAUCUAUAUGUUUGGAUUGAGAACUUGAAAAUGUAGAGUAGGCUUUAUAAUUAUAUGGAUGUCAUCUCUGUGACUUUGAAGUAAAAAGUAGAAUAAAUUAUAUUGUAUUCUAUAUUCAUGGAUUGGAUGCUGAGCAUUCUUAUUCACUGAUUUAGGUGAUUAGGCAAUUAACCAAAAAAAUUUCAAUUUAAAAAACAAGCUAUGCCAUUUGGUAUAAGAAUAUUCUUUUCCAAGUUUUCCUUUCAGAUUUAUUGUAAAAUAGACAAUGUUACUGUGCUGAAUUUUAUCUAAAAAGUCAUUUUAUAUUGAAGAAAAAAUAUUUUAUUCAAAGAUUAGAGUUGAAAGAGUAAUAGCUUAAAAAAUAAGCAAGUGACACGUGAGGCGACCCUUACUCCUCCAUUAUGAAGAUACUUUGGAAUCCAAGGUGCCCUUGUAUCUCUUGAUGUUAAUGACUUUGCAUUUUUAUCUUUAAAUUCCUUAGCAAUUAAUGGCAAAAACCAAAAACUAAAUUCAUGUGUAUCAAGCGCACCACCGCCUCUUUUUACUCAUAUUGCACUUUUAUUUCAAACUAUGCACUGUGAAGAGAUUGUUUCCCCAGGUUGAAAAGGAUGUUUCCUGCUACUGGUGGUGUCCUGGGCUGUGGAACUUGCUUCCUUAUCCUUCUUCAAGUCCUCUCUAUAGACUUACGCUCUCUUAAGCCUCAAAUGCAAGCAAUUCUCAGUCUGACUUAGGUUCUAGCUGGAGAGAAGCUAAGUCUCAAGGAAAGUCAGUGACAGAAAAUGAGAUAUGCUGAUGAUAGAGAGCACUUGUCCUUGAUGCUAAAUGUGGAGGGUUGGGGACAGAGGGACAAAAGCUUACAGAACACUUUAACCUUCCUUAAUGAGUUGACCAUGUGACUCAGUCCCUUAACCCUGACUCAUUUUGAAUUGAGUUUCACACUUUGAAAGUGCAAGGAUUUAAUUUUGAAGUUGAGUCCAAUGAAAGGUGUCUUCAUCACUAGGAAUAGCACCCUUCCUAAUGCUACACAUAGACUGUUACACUGGUGGCAGAAAAUCCUAUUGACUGCCUCACUGAUCU